AUGCCUCCUGCCCAGAGCCUUCAGUCCAGCGGGCUGACUCUCUCUGAGACCAGCAUGGGCUCCUUUAAGAGGAGGAAGAGGAAAUCCAUAAUAGUGACGGUGAUGCUGCUCAUUGUAUCUGUGCUCAUCCUCAUCUUUGGCCUGGCAGCGACCACCAGGACGCAGAACAUCACGGUGGGCGGCUACUACCCAGGAGUCAUUCUGGGCUUUGGCUCUUUUCUGGGAAUUAUCGGCGCUCAUUUGAUAGAGAACAAGAGGCAGAUGUUAGUGGCGUCUAUUGUCUUCAUCAGUUUCGGAGUGGUGGCUGCCUUCUGCUGUGCGAUUGUCGAUGGAGUUUUUGCUGCAAGGCACAUUGACCUGAGGCCUCUGUAUGCAGGUCGUUGUGACUAUCACUCCAGUGAGACUGCAUCUGACCGCGAUGUGCCCUGUCAGACAUCAUCACGCACGCCCUGUAACCUGCGCGUGAAGAGCAACACCUGUUACUGCUGCGACCUCUACAACUGUGGGAAAGAACAUCCUCUUAUGGGACUUCAGAAUAAAGAUGUUUUGAAAAAGUUUAGGAAAUCAUCCAUGAUUUGGAAGGCUAGCCGUGUAGAGGUGAUUGGAGGCUACCAUGAAUACACAGAUGUGAAGAGCUGCCAGGACGUGGUGCACCUCUAUCACCUGUUAUGGUCCGCUACCAUCCUCAACAUCGUGGCCCUCUUUCUGGGCAUCAUUACUGCUGCAGUGCUGGGAGGUUUCAAAGACAUGACUCCCUCUGCUGCCUCAGAGAGUACAUCUGAACCAGAGGCCAUCACAGCUCCAGUUCCCUUAGAGCCUCCUCCACCCACCACUUCCCUCAACUCGUACUACAACACUGCCCCCUGCCUGCCGCCUUACACUGCCUAUGACGUGCAGGGCUCCUACUUGUUCCCUGACUCCUCAGGCCUGUCAGAUGACUCCCAGUCUGGAGCCAGCCACCUGUGGCCCACGAUGGUCCCUCCACGCUACUCUCCUCCUCACAACCAUCCUGAUGAGAAGCCCCCACCGUACAGCCCGUAA